AUGGCCAACGUCUAUCACCAUGUUCGGAAUUUUAUUGAACAGCAACCGGUGCCAGCGAAGACGUUAGAGAAAUCCUCAUCCCCCAACAUUCUAUACACGGCACUUCCGAAACACUGGAGAUCGAAUAAAUCAUUUCAGGAACCAUUCUAUGUGGUACUGUUGACACCUGUUCCAGAUAAUACAGAAGUAUCAAUAUGGGCUGGAAACGACGAGAAACCUUGUGAAGAAGUUCGGAACGAAAAAGCAAAAGUGCAUCGCCAGGUGGCCAAAUUCAACGAUUUGCGGUUUGUCGGGCGGUCCGGUCGAGGCCGAAAAUUCCAUUUGACAAUCGUUAUACACUCGUCGCCGAUGAUGGUGGCCACCGUCAAAAAUGUGAUCAAGGUUACUGUAGACGGUCCACGUGAUGCGAGAAUUCCGAAACCCAGUCCAAAACGGCCUUCAGAACCGCAAGCUUCGACGAUUUUCCCGUCGGAAAUGCUCCCCUCGCCUGCUCCGACACUGUCGAUGAUUCCUCCUCCGUGGUGGCCGCUACCUAUGACUCCCACUCUACCACAUUUCCCUCUUCCACUUCUAACUCCCAGUCACUCUUCCGCAGCAAUCUGGAAAAUAUACGCGGAUUCUAUGAGAACGCCAAAACGGAAAAUGGAACAAGAGAAUGUAUCCCUCAACGUCUCUACUUGUCUCUCGUCUCCAUCUGUCUUCAUUACUCCGAAUUCUCAUGAUCGGACACGUGGCACCUCAACUUCUCCUCGACCUCCCACUAAACUUCCAUCUUCGGCAAUAAACUUGAUUCAAGAGACUCCAGAAUCGAUCCCUUCGAAACGACGUCGGAAUAUGUCAACAACCUCUUCAAAUAGUUCCUCACCUACUAUUUGGAGACCUUUUUAA